UAAAUACCAAGUGUGGACUUUCUCUUCGCUUUUGGUCGGAUAUGUACAUUAGGUAUUAAACUUGUGGACACCUGAUAGCAAAAAGUAGGAAGGGGAGGAAAUAUUUGCAAGGAGAAGAGUGAAUAUAACGGGGGCUGGGUCUGUGCGUGCGUACGUGCGUGCGUCGCCAAGAGUAGAGAGGUUUGGGGCACAAGUGACGUGGCCGACAGCAUUUGCCCAUUCUCGAAAGCCGACCAUAACGUCUCCACCAUGACCAAAAAGAGCCCCGGGGCCACAUCAAUGUCAGCGCAUCCUGUUAUCAGUCUGCGCAGGGGCCCUGGGGGGUCACACGAGAGGGAGUGCUGGAGACGAGAGACACAAAGUUGAAGAGGAAUCACGAUGGUGGUCCGAGGAGAAGUGUUGGAGAUCCGCGUUCCACUGCACUGAGCACCAUGGAACAGCUUUUUCGGAGAAAGCGGCUAGGUUUGCUGAAGCCUCUUCUGAGUCUCUCCCUGUUCUUCGCCUCGCUCCUUUUGCUCCACAAGCUUAAAUUCCCCGAAAAGGACACUACGGGCACGUAUGUGAGGCACACCGACUGGUGCGGGGAGUGUUCUUGGUUAAAGAAGAAGGGCAGCAAGCCGACUUUUACGAGCCAUAACCAUGCGACAGUUCCGAGCGCACGCGAGGCGCAUAGGCGCUCCAACAGGAGCGCGCCUUUCUGGGACGCGCAGGUGCUAAACUGCAGCGAGGACGCAGCGGUAAGAACGAAGGACUGGUUCCAGAGGUUGGACCCGAGGUUUCACCAGUUCGUCCUGCACCGGCACUGCAGGUACUUCCCGAUGCUCAUCAACCACCCGGAGAAGUGCACGGCUACUGAGGGAGCGGUGCACCUCCUCAUGGUGGUCAAGUCCGUCAUUGAGGAGCAUGAUCGACGCGAGGCAGUGCGCAAAACCUGGGGCAGGGAGCACACAGUGGAAGGGAAGAGCAUAAAGACCCUCUUUCUUUUGGGGAGUCCCUCCGUUGGCAAAGACCGCAAGAACCUUCAGAAGCUGAUCGAGUAUGAGGACAAGAUCUACGGGGACAUCCUGCAGUGGGAUUUCAUGGACACUUUUUUCAACUUGACCCUGAAAGAAGUCAACUUUCUCAAAUGGUUCCACAUCUACUGCCCAGACGUGCAGUUCAUAUUCAAAGGAGAUGACGAUGUUUUUGUGAACACCGACAACCUACUGGACCUCAUCACCUUCAAAGUGGAGGAGCACAAGGAGACUAACCUAUUUGUGGGGGACACCAUCUCCAAGGCCAUUCCCAUCCGGAACAGACAGAGCAAAUAUUACAUCCCCAGGGAGCUCUUUGAUAAGCCAUACCCUCCUUAUGUGGGGGGAGGGGGGUUCCUCAUGUCCUCCCAGCUGGCCAGGAAGCUCUUUGUGGUCUCAGAGGACCUGGAACUGUACCCAAUUGACGAUGUCUUUCUGGGCAUGUGUUUGCAGAGGCUACGCCUGAGCCCGGAGAUGCACUCCGGCUUCAGGACCUUCGGCAUUACCAGGCGCAGGAUGAGCCCCAUGAAUAGCGAGCCGUGCUUUUACAAGAACCUCAUUGUGGUACACAAACUGAGCACCCGAGAACUCCUCAAGAUGUGGAGCAUGGUGCAUCAUGAAGUACUGGUUUGUGCAAAGAGAGCCUCUCUAUGAUGUGGCGGUGCAAGAAUCCAUGAAGGAAAGCAGAAGACUAUUAUGAUACAGUUCCAUUUUGGGAAACCACUACCAUACAGGUCUACAGUGCAAUUCUCUGUGCCAUUUCAAAUUUGAGUCUCAUGGAUCCAGAGUUGAAUGUGUUAUGGCGGUUCGUGCCUUACAUUAAUAACAGUGCAAGAGUUUCAGUGUGUAUUGUCAACAAAAUCAGGGUAAAAAGAAACCAAAGUGUCUGAAAUUCUGUAUUUUUUUGGAGAGGGGGUAAUAUAGUGUAAAUAAAAACAAAAUAAUUCUGUGUUAAUCUCUGUUAAAAGUGGCUUUUGUUUGAUUCAUUAAUAAAGAAAUGCUGCUCGGGAAUAACGCCAUAGUCAACAAAAAAAUCAAAACCUGUGUUAUGCAAUUUUAUUUUUUUAAAAAAUGCAGGUACUUUAGGCAGAAAAAAAUAGUCAUUGUCAUGAAGAUGUACACAGUAUCAAACCUACAUUGCAAUUAUUACAUACGCAGUCGGGUCAAUAAAUACGUAUUAGGACAUGGACAAAUACAUACUCAUCUUUGUAGCUUUAAACUCCACCAAAGUUUUUGGCUUUCGAUACGAUUUUUUAA